AUGGAAGUCUGUGUGGCUCGAAUCUCCGGUCAGACUUAUGAAGGGAUGGCUCAGCCAAUUGCCACUCAUUUAGUGCCUAACGUUGACUGCGUGGACGAGCAAUUGUGGCCAAAUGAGUAUUUAUCAGAUGACAAAGUCUUACAAAUGGAGGAUGCAUCAAUAAAGAAAAAACAAAAAGAUCACUCCGAGCUUUGCAUUAAUGAGAGCCUAAAAUCCUCAAAAGCAAACCAGCUUCAGACGCAUGGAUCAAGACCUUCUCGGAUCCUAAUAAGUAGACGCCUCUCGAGUCUGUUAUGUCGUGGAACCGUGUUAGAAGUAUCGCCCAGAAACUCACAGUGUCUUCAAGACCAUUUUACUGAGAUACCCAAAGUUGAAACAGCCGUGUUAGAACAGAGAAUUGUGGAUGAAACUGAAGAUGUUAAGCAAAAAGAUCACACAUUUUACCAGGGCUGCAAAGAGCCUGAUAGAUAUCUGGCUCAACGGACUAUAAGCGGCUCCAUUAUGCACAAAGCAGUAAAUUCGUCUCAUUUUGCUGCUGCUGAUCAUCCAAAAGCAUCUAAGACUAGUUUCCAAAAAGCAAAACCAGGUCAAGCACAGAAACAAUUUAAUCCUCAUUUACAAGAGCAAACAAGGCAAAGCCAGGAGCAAAGAAACCUUAAGGAGUAUGACCACAUUCUGGUCGGAUGGGGAAAAAAUCCCAGCGAAGAUGGCUCAAUCCAAAGAGAUGGGGAGAAAUUUAUUAAAAGAGAAGAUCAGACUCAGUGCGAAUGCCCGAGCAAAGCCAACAUGGACCAUCGGCUUUUAUUCAAGAGCCCCUCUAAAUUGCUGGUAAGACUUUAA